CCAGGCUCCUUGCUGCUCCCCGCUUCCCGGGCCCGCAGUCCCGGUUCCUGGCAGCAGGCGAGGCCCAGGCCGCGGCCGACAUGAACCACCAGCAGCAGCAGCAGAAAGCGGGGGAGCAGCAGCUGAGCGAGCCGGAAGACAUGGAGAUGGAAGCUGGAGAUACAGAUGAUCCACCAAGAAUUACACAAAAUCCUGUCAUCAAUGGGAAUGUAGCAAUGGCCGAUGGACAUAAUAACACAGAGGAAGAUAUGGAGGAUGAUACCAGCUGGCGUUCAGAAGCAACCUUUCAAUUUACAGUUGAACGUUUCAGCAGGCUGAGUGAAUCAGUCCUUAGUCCUCCAUGUUUUGUAAGGAAUCUUCCAUGGAAGAUCAUGGUGAUGCCACGAUUUUAUCCAGACAGACCACACCAAAAAAGCGUAGGAUUCUUUCUCCAGUGCAAUGCUGAAUCUGACUCCACGUCAUGGUCUUGUCAUGCACAAGCUGUGCUGAAGAUAAUAAAUUACAAAGAUGAUGAAAAAUCAUUCAGCCGCCGCAUCAGUCACUUAUUCUUUCAUAAAGAGAAUGAUUGGGGAUUUUCCAAUUUCAUGGCAUGGAGUGAAGUUACUGAUCCUGAAAAAGGAUUUAUAGAAGAUGACAAGGUUACUUUUGAAGUCUAUGUACAGGCAGAUGCUCCCCAUGGAGUUGCGUGGGAUUCCAAGAAGCAUACGGGAUAUGUUGGUUUGAAGAACCAGGGGGCAACUUGUUACAUGAACAGUUUGUUACAAACGUUAUUUUUCACAAAUCAACUACGCAAGGCUGUAUACAUGAUGCCAACGGAAGGUGAUGACUCAUCAAAAAGUGUUCCUUUAGCAUUACAAAGAGUUUUCUAUGAGCUACAACACAGUGACAAACCUGUAGGAACAAAAAAGCUAACGAAAUCAUUUGGAUGGGAAACUUUAGACAGCUUCAUGCAACAUGAUGUCCAAGAACUAUGUCGAGUGUUGCUCGAUAAUGUGGAGAAUAAAAUGAAAGGCACCUGUGUAGAAGGCACCAUACCUAAAUUAUUUAGAGGCAAGAUGGUGUCCUAUAUCCAGUGCAAAGAUGUGGACUAUCGAUCUGAUCGGAGAGAAGAUUAUUAUGAUAUCCAGCUAAGUAUAAAGGGAAAAAAAAAUAUAUUUGAGUCCUUCAUAGAUUAUGUGGCAGUAGAACAGCUAGAUGGUGACAACAAAUAUGAUGCUGGAGAACAUGGCUUGCAGGAAGCUGAAAAAGGUGUGAAAUUCCUCACAUUGCCACCAGUAUUACAUCUGCAACUCAUGAGAUUUAUGUAUGACCCGCAGACGGACCAAAAUAUCAAGAUAAAUGAUAGAUUUGAGUUUCCUGAACAGUUGCCACUUGAUGAGUUCUUACAAAAAACAGAUCCCAAGGAUCCUGCAAAUUAUAUUCUGCAUGCAGUGCUAGUACAUAGUGGAGAUAAUCAUGGCGGACAUUAUGUGGUGUACCUAAACCCUAGAGGGGAUGGCAAAUGGUGUAAAUUUGAUGACGAUGUUGUGUCAAGGUGUACAAAGGAAGAAGCAAUUGAGCAUAAUUACGGAGGUCAUGAUGAUGACUUAUCAGUUCGGCAUUGUACUAAUGCUUAUAUGUUAGUUUAUAUCAGGGAGUCCAAACUGAGUGAAGUUUUGCAAGCUGUCACUGAUCAUGAUAUUCCUCAACAAUUGGUAGAACGCUUACAAGAAGAAAAAAGAAUAGAAGCCCAAAAGAGGAAGGAGCGGCAGGAAGCCCAUCUCUAUAUGCAAGUGCAGAUAGUGACCGAGGACCAGUUUUGUGGGCACCAAGGCAAUGAUAUGUAUGAUGAAGAAAAAGUAAAAUAUACGGUCUUCAAAGUAUUAAAAAACUCCUCAUUAGCUGAGUUUGUACAGAAUCUUUCUCAAACAAUGGGAUUUCCACAGGAUCAGAUUCGAUUAUGGCCCAUGCAGGCAAGGAGUAAUGGAACAAAAAGACCGGCAAUGUUAGAUAACGAAGCAGAUGGCAAUAAAACAAUGAUUGAACUCAGUGACAAUGAAAAUCCAUGGACAAUAUUCCUUGAAACAGUAGAUCCUGAGAUGGCUGCUAGUGGGGCAACAUUACCAAAGUUUGAUAAAGAUCAUGAUGUAAUGCUGUUCCUGAAGAUGUAUGAUCCAAAAACACGGAGUUUGAAUUAUUGUGGACAUAUCUAUACGCCUAUAUCCUGUAAAAUUCGUGACUUGCUCCCAGUUAUGUGUGAAAGAGCAGGAUUUUCCCAAGAAACUAGCCUUAUCCUCUAUGAGGAAGUUAAACCGAAUUUAACAGAGAGAAUUCAGGAUUAUGAUGUGUCUCUUGAUAAAGCACUCGAUGAACUAAUGGAUGGUGAUAUCAUAGUGUUUCAGAAAGAUGACCCAGAAAAUGAUAACAGUGAACUACCAACUGCAAAGGAGUAUUUCAGAGAUCUGUAUCACCGUGUGGAUGUCAUUUUCUGUGAUAAAACUAUUCCUAAUGAUCCUGGGUUUGUUGUUACUUUGUCAAAUAGGAUGAAUUAUUUUCAGGUUGCAAAGACAGUUGCACAGAGGCUAAAUACAGACCCAAUGCUACUUCAGUUUUUCAAGUCCCAAGGUUAUAGGGAUGGCCCAGGUAAUCCUCUUAGACAUAAUUAUGAAGGUACUUUAAGAGAUCUCCUGCAGUUCUUUAAACCCAGACAACCCAAGAAACUUUACUACCAGCAGCUGAAAAUGAAAAUAACAGAUUUUGAAAAUCGGAGGAGUUUUAAAUGUAUUUGGCUAAACAGUCAAUUUAGGGAAGAGGAAAUAACACUAUAUCCAGACAAACAUGGGUGUGUCCGGGACCUGUUAGAAGAAUGUAAAAAGGCUGUAGAACUAUGUGAGAAAGCAUCAGGGAAACUUAGGCUGCUAGAAAUUGUAAGCUACAAAAUUAUUGGUGUCCAUCAGGAAGAUGAAUUGUUAGAAUGUUUAUCACCUGCAACAAGUCGAACGUUUCGAAUAGAGGAAAUCCCUUUGGACCAGGUAGAUAUAGACAAAGAAAAUGAGAUGCUCAUCACUGUGGCUCACUUCCACAAGGAGGUCUUCGGAACUUUUGGUAUACCGUUUUUGCUCAGGAUACACCAGGGUGAACAUUUCAGAGAAGUGAUGAAACGAAUUCAGACAAUGCUAGAUAUCCAGGAAAAAGAGUUUGAGAAGUUUAAAUUUGCCAUUGUAAUGAUGGGUCGACACCAGUACAUAAAUGAAGAUGAAUAUGAAGUCAAUUUGAAAGAUUUUGAGGCUCAGCCGGGCAACAUGUCUCAUCCCAGGCCUUGGCUGGGGCUUGACCAUUUCAAUAAAGCCCCAAAGAGAAGUCGCUACACUUACCUUGAAAAGGCUAUUAAAAUUCAUAACUGACUUACUUAACCAGUUUGUUCAAGGCAAGGGACAAUACAUGUGUGUGUGCACCUUUUUAACAACAGUAGAACUUUGGUACACGUGCACUAUAUCUGAAGUCUUCAGCAAGAGGAUUUGCUGCUGAUGUUAAUUUUAUUUUGUUGAGGCUGUUCAGUUUGGCUUCUCUGUAUCUAUUGACCGCCCUUUUUGAGCAAAAUGAAGGUGUUUUUAUAAAGCUUGGAUGCCAAUGAGAGUUAUUUUAUGGUAAACAUAAUGCAAGGCAAUUGUCACCAUAAUGGGGGAAAGAGUUUAGUAGAACAAUUGAUAUUGGCGAAAAAUUUGUCUGUAGUAUGUUUAUAGAUGGCAUAAGCUGACUGGCUGCCCUUCCUGGUAUGGUUUCCUUCACCAACCCUGCAGCAAGUAAGUCUUAUGUUUAGACUCACAACUGAUUUAUUUCCUUCAGUUAUACUUUAAAUGACCUUUUGUGCAUUUGUAAAUGCAAAAGAAAAAGAACUCACAACAUCAAUAAAUAGAGAUCUCUACUUCAUUGUGUAUAUUGUUGGCACUUAUUCUGGAUUUAUGUCUCCUCCAGCUGCAUAGGAUCUUUUUAAUAAACUAGUUUUGAUUUAUUUAGUUCAGCCACUACCUUGCUGCCCAUUUGCAGAGUGGGUGCACUGAAUAAAACCCUAAAAGACAUUUUGGGUCUUUUUAAUAAAUUAAAAACACUGUUAAAUACAAUUAAGGUUUACUAUGCUGCCUCUUGGCAAAUUUAAUGACAUCAAAAGUUGGCAAAAGCAGGUUGAAAGGAUUAUAAAUAUAGUUUCAUUUAAAUGGGAACAGAUGGAAGAAACAAGGAAAAUAGCCUUUUAGCACAGAGGGCAUGCUCACUAGUGUUUAGUAAGCUGUUGACUUUGAAAAAAAAAAAAAACACAAAACAAAAAGGAAAACAAAAAAAUCAAAAAAAAAAUAGGAAAAGAGAAAAGAAAAAAACCACCUGAAAUUGUAUAUUUAAUGAAUGAACAUGUACAAUUUAACACUUGGAGGUUAAUUUUGUUGGGUGAGUCUGCAAGUGAAUUUCACUGAUGUUGAUAUUCAUUGUGUGUAGUUUUAUUUCAGUCCCAGACUGUUUCCUUUUAUUUCGGAGCUAAUGCCAGCGUGUCUAGUUUUGAGUGCAGUAAAAAUAGAAUCAGCAAAUCACAUUUAUUUUUCAUUCUUUUCCAGUAUUUUUUUUUUGUUUCUGUAGCAGCAGUGUACAACAACUCUUCCUGUAUAUUGCCUUUUUGCUGGAAAAUGUUGUAUGUUGAAUAAAAUUUUCUAUAAAAAUUUUACUUCAGUGAGUGACGUGGAAGUUGAGGAAGAUUUCUACUCUCCCUGGAAGUACAGUUUGGGAAACCUUUUCAUUUAUUACAAGGUUUUACUAAGAUGUAUUUUUUUUAAUUUCAGUAUUGCCAAUGUAUAAUCCUGGUUUUUUGGCCUCUAACUAGUCGCAUUUGAGCUUAAAAAAAUAAAAGGUUUUCCAGGAGGGAACCGUGUACAAAUACAAUGACUGGAAAUAUUCUUUAAAUACUUUGUAAGGUAUAGUCUGUGGGAUCCAUAGUUUUUGGAGUAGAUUUGGCUCCACUUGCCUUGUUCAGAAUUCUGUGGUCCACAUACCCCAAAUGUGGUGUUGAUAAAGAUAUAUGAAGAAAUCUGUGCUUUUUGAUUAUGAUCUCUCUUUCUGGACUUCCACUGUAACGUGUAUGCCUUCAUAACCCAAACGCUGCCUUCAAAAUCAAUGAAUAGAUAGCCCUAAUGGGGAGUAGCAGUACUAUAGACUUUGUCUUUCAAAUCCCUGAAAAAUCAGUUGUGAAAAUGAUAGUAAAAAUAAUUCACCAAUAAUUUUUGUCUCUGAACUUUAAGGGGUUUUUUGGAGGGAGAAGGGAUUAAGUACAGUCUUGGAGGGUAACAGAAACCUGCCACUCUUCCAUAGGAUAGUAAAUUACUUUUUACAAAGAAUUUUUGGUAAUGUUUACAUUGUGUGAUGCAUUUAAUUAUUACUUCAUUUCCAGUCAAGGAAAUCAAAGACUACAGUGCUUCUGAGUUUUAAUUGAAUGAAAAAUGGUUUUCUAAUUAUGAAAUAUAAGGUACUUCCUUAAUGAUGGCAUUAAUGGCUUAUAUUAAACCACUGAAGUGAAUACCACCUUCUUUAACAUGUAUUGGAUACUAGUGAUGUACUAGGCCCUCUAUGGGCAAUCAGAAUAAUAGUUUUAUAAAACAUAUGUUAUAGAUUCAUUUGAAAUCAUUGGAGUAUAUAAUUGGGUGGGGUGCAUUCUGUUUAAUUUCUUGGGGUAUUGUGAAGCCAUGGCUCAUUUUAGCAGCCACAGUAUUGUAAUGACAUGCCUUUGAUAGCAUACUGACAUACUUAUGGGUGUGGUUUGUUUUUUUUUUUUAACCAAAAUAUGCAGGAACUUAAUGAAACUUAGGUUAGAAUGUUGUGUUAUCCUUGUAGAAGUAAAGAACCUUAAAAAUAUUUCCUAGUGCUGAGUUUAACAGAGCCUUGAAACAGACAGGUGCUGUUGUCAUGUGUACCUCAGCACAGCAAGGAAGUAGGAGGAGCAGAGUCUUUCUACCCAAAUCAUUUAUUCUGUUUAGUGAGAACUAAGCAAUGUGAUAUCUUUCUAGUAUGUAUUAUCAGGCUUUAUAAUUCCAAGAACAAGUUUAUUUUGUGAAUCUUACAUAAUGAAAUUCAUGAAAAUUUCCUGGCAUGAGUUCAUCAUGGAGUCCAUGCCAGAAAGAUCAAACACUUCUGCUGCGUCAUCUGAAUAAUUGGUUAAAAUUCUAUUUCUACUUUUACAUUUUCAUUGUAUCUCAAAAACAUAAUUCUAUUACAUGGGACUAAUUUUAAUACCCGUUUUCCUACUAGCUUCUUGAAAAGAUUUGAGUGAGGUUACAUGUUUACACAAGUUGUCUCUUACAGCCCCGAGAUGUGUUAAGAAGUGUGGCACAGGCCUGUAACACUCAGGGAAAGACCACCUGAUGGCAUGUACCCCCAUUAACCAAAACCUGCUUGAGCCCAGCCAUGCCAAAGUCAGUGAGUACCUCCAGAAACUGGGCAGGGAAGGGGGGAAGGGAAGUGUUCUUCCACCCAAGUCAGUAGUUGGAUAGUAGAGAGUAUCCUGGCUAUGCCAGCAAGAGUCCAAGCUCCAAUAGAUCCUACCAAGCUGAAAAGUCAUUGAGUAAGGCUUCCCGGAUAGACUUCACAACCAUUAUCUCAGCACCAAUCUAACUAAUUUCAGGGAGUCUUAUCACCUUGUUGUCCAUGGGGUGAUGGAAAAAUUCUCAAAGGACAUAAAACAAAUUGUAGUGCAAUUUUGAAUUUCAUUGAUGGAGGGAAUACUCAUUUCGACUUCUAGUCCUUUAAGUGUUGUAUCAAAUGAAUGUGUAUGGUAAGCAUUUUUUAAAUUGACUUUCAUAUAAAUUCUGCUCUUGGCCAACUACUGACUUUUUAUCCAAUUGUCUAAUGUCAUGAAACCUCCACACAAAUGUAUUAAAUUAUGUAAUAGACCAUCAGAGAAGUUCCUAAAGGAAGUCAUCUUCAGGGUGACAUUGUCAGCUCAAUAACAGUCUUGGGUAAAGGAGACUAUCUGUGCCAAUGAACUCCAAUAACUUGUUAUCCUCUGAUUCUUACACGUUUUGAUUCACAAGUUUGAAAUGCUUAAAUGUGUUUGAAGAACAUAACUUGUUUGGCUUUAGCCUCCUUACUACUUUUGGGGAAGGAGGUAGGUUAUAAAUCUUAAAUAAAAUUACCUUGUUUGCUUUA